UAGCACCUUCCAGCCCAUGGUGAUUCUGGGUUUAAAUCAUUGCUGAAGGCACAGGAUACAGUCAAAUCCAUUUCUUAAACUAAAAACCCCACCAUGCGUCUGCUGUGUGCUGAGAAGUGGUGAAAGAGUGAGGACCUUGGCUAGCCCAUGCACAAGCCUCUGACAGUCUGUACUUAGCAGGGGAGUGUUCUUUACAAGCAUUACAUCUGCAUUAGGAAACGUGCUCAGUAAACACAUCCAAGCCUGACUCAAGGAAGGGGCUGACAUCUUGCUGGAGCUGUCAUAAAGUUCCAUCAUGAGACUUUGUCUACCAACUUCGAUUCAAUGGGAUGUAUGCACAGUCCUUGCAUUGAUUGUCCUUAAUGUUCAGGCAUUUCCACAGACAGAGAUUAAACUCAGUCAAGCAUUCACAGAUAUAAGCCAACCUUUCACUUGCCCACUGUUUUGGACUGAGUAUAAUGGCAACUGCUACAGGUUCUUCCCAAUGAAUAAAACAUGGGCAGAAGCAGAUUUUUACUGCUCAGAGUUCUCACUUGGCAGGACGACCGCUAAAUUAGUUUCUAUCCACAGCUGGGAUGAAAAUGUUUUUGUCUUUGACCUUGUUAAUAGCCAAGUAACAGGAGUCCCCACAGAUAUAUGGAUAGGAUUAAGCGACAGAAGGCAGGAAGGUGAGUUUGAAUGGACAGAUGGGACACCAAAUGAUUACAGUUACUGGGAUGGAAACCAACCAGAUGAUGCAACCAACUCCAGCCCUGAAGAUGAAGAUUGUGUACAGAUGUGGUACAGAUACUACAGCGCACUGCGCUCCUGGAAUGACAACAGCUGCAAUCGUGGGUUCCCUUUUGUCUGCAAGAUACCCACCCCGACCAACAUGUGAUUGCUCUUCCUACCGUCACAAAUAACAAAAAAACAGUGACUUUUUUAUGGAUGAUUGGCAGCCCUACAGAAUUAAAGAUGCCAAGUCUACAACCAAAAUUGACUGUCAAAAAAAAAAAUCUUAGUUAAUGGGUAAGCCUGAAGUGUACACAUAGAACACUAUUGAUCUAGUCACAGAGGAUGGAAUCUCUUUUGGUCUGUACAAGCGCAAGACAAUAAAGGACAUUCCUGAUUUAGCUCA